ACUGAGCUCUCCGAAGGUCCAAGGCCUGCAGGAAUCACGCGGGAGCCACGCGCGAAAUUCCAGCGCAUUUCACCACUCAAUUCAACUGCGCACCCGUCGACACCUCGCCCCCUACCGGGGAAAGCACGUUCCUUGCUUAGGAAAGAACGUGUACGUACGCGUGCCGACUGCCUAUAUGAAAGGGACCAGCUGUGCUCCUUUUGAUACUUGGCUGCGACCUGCACGACCUGCGCACCGAGGUCAACAUGUCCGCGCCUACUCGAAAGUUAUCACUGCAUGAGCGUUUCUCUCUCAUGAGACGGAACCUCUCGUUCCCCCAGCCGUUAACUGCGUUGAUCGCGUAUCCUGCUGCGUCUCUACCUACCGCGGACUUCCUCUCUCGACGUAUAACCGAGCUGCAGGAGCACUUCCCGCUCCUACGAUGCGAAGUCGUCAAUGCGAAGACGAGGGAACCGGCGUUUCAACAGCGGGCGACUUCGUACGCCCCUGAGGAGAUACUCAGGCAAGCAAGCUUUACUCUUGUCGAAGGCAGCGACGGGACUCAAGAGAAGGAGCGCAUAUUAUAUAACGAACUGGACCGAAUGACGCGCGAGGACCUCACGCGGCCGCUCUGGCAGGUUACUCUCUUCACGCCCUCUUCGCCCAGCGACAGGGGAUAUGUCGCACUCUCUGCGGACCACAUCCUCAUCGACGGCAAGGGACUCGCGCUUCUCACCCAAGCGCUGCUAGCUCCCGACAUCUCGUCGCUCCCGACGGAAACUUUGGCGCAAAUACCUCUGAUGGAGGACACGAUAGACAUCCGCCCUCCGUACUCGUAUCUCUUGCCCGUCGUCUGGCAGGAGCUUCUCGUCCCCAAGCUCCCUUCCUUCCUCCAAUCAUACGUCGCGCAGCCGAAGCCAUGGCCCGGCUCGAACAUUCAGCGCUCGCCAGCGGAGUGCGAGUGGGGUCUGUCGCUCCUCGAGCUGGCGCCUUCGCUCGUUGACGCGCUAAAGUCGGCGGGAAAGGUCCAUGAGGUCAAGACUCUCCACCCCAUCCUCAAAGCCGCGCACUUCGUCGCCAUGUGGGCCGUCCUCGCUCACAACUCCCCCGACAUCCCGUUCCCUCUCAAAGCCAACACGCCUCGCACGGAGCGCAAGGCCAGCCUCGGCCAUGCAUAUUGCACAUCGAACUACACCGCGUCCACCGACGUGCAAGUGCAGCUGAAGGCGAGCGACGACUUCUGGGCUACCGCUCGUUACGUCGCGCACGCUCUCGGCUCUCCGGAGGGCAUUCAGAACGGCAGAUACAAUAUGGGCAUGCUGUCGUUCCUCCCGGACCCCAUCCCAGACCCAGCGAAGGCAGAUACGGAUCGUCCUACGGGGUGGGAGGAGCACUUCUACGGGAAGCUGCACGGGAGCGACCCAUUCGGAGGAUCAUUGGAGGUCAGCAAUCUGGGGUACGCGGCCCUCCCGGAGGGUGCAGAGGACUUACUGUGGAGUUCGGCGUCGUGGCCGUGUGCGCCGGUGCUGAAUGCGAACGUGGUUGGGCAUGGGAAUGGACUGAGGAUCGUGACAGUGUGGAGGGAAGGGGCAGCGGUGACGAAGGAGCAGGUGAAGGAAGUGGAGAAGGUUCUGAGGCGGGUGCUCGAGAGGGUGGCAGGCAAUGAGGCUCAGGAGUCAAAGCUCAAGGACCUUGCCGCCUGAUACCAUAGUCCCCUAGGCAUACACACUAGACAUAGAGGGUCCCCAUAUGUCCCUGUAGGUCCGUCUAUACUUGUAACCUACACGUGUACGGGCGCCUAACGUCUGAUGGGGAAUCACCAAGUUCCCUCGGUCUUUCCCAUUGUCUUCCCCACAUUCAUUUCUUCCUUGCCUUUCCCUUC